UUUUUUGCGUAAAUUUUGCGUCAAAAAGAUGUAGAAAAAAACUGAGCAAACGGAUCACACGGUAGGGUCCAAAAUUCCGUACCGUUUGGCCACCCUCAAACACUCGCAGGGGCUCUCAAUAGACGCUAUUUUAUUUCGUAGUAUUAUUAUAGGUUAGAUGUUUUUGUGUGGGAGAAUAUAAAAAGUGAAAUGUUUUAGAAACAAUAGACAAAGUUACCACUCCUCUAACGAAUUUUAUUUUGCGUUAGAUAUUCACAUUAUCGUAAAUGAUAUUAUCACGAAAUACCGAGUUCGAUAGCUCAUUAUACCGUUAGUUAGUGAUAAAUACAGUAUUUUAUUCAAAAGAUAUCCAGUAAAUUCAGCAGAGAAGAAAUAAAAAGAAUGCGAAAAAAAUUAUGAAAAUGUUUUUAAAUAACAUGACACUUGGACAAGAGUAACUAGCCCCCCCCAACAGUUUAGGUAACUGUUGUCAUCUUCUUCCUCCCAUAUUGUUAAUUGUGACAUGGCUGUUGCGACAAAACAGAUAGAAAUGUCGCAACAACAGCAAAACGUUCAAGAGCAACAUGUCCAGCCGAGUCAGGAACAACAGCAGAAUCAGAAUCAGCAAGUGAACCAGGGGACAAUGCAGCAGCCACAGAUGCAAGUGCAGUCCUCUCAACAGAGUCAACAACAGCAGCAGAAUCAGAAUAAUGCACAGCAUAAUGUUCAACAGGUUCAAGUGCAACCCCAGGUGGCAGCAAGUAUGCCACAACAGUUACAGAAUGCUGUGGCAGUAUCAAUGCAACACCAGCAGCAACAGCAAGGUGUUGGCAGUGUGUCAAUGGCAUUGGCAGGUCAACAAGGUGCAACAACAAUUACAACAAUGGCUGCACAUCCUCAAGCUGUUCAAGUAAUUCAGCAACCGAUGCAGAGUCAGGCAUAUCAUCUUCAACAGUUGUAUAAUACUCAGGGAACUCCACUUUUAAUGCCUGGAAAUCUUGCUCUCCAUCCUGCUGGUAUCAAUCCAUCUUCAAUUCAAGUGAUAGCAGCUGGAAAACCAUUUCAAUCAACUGGACAGUUGACACCACAUAUGCUGACUACUGCCUCCAAUCCAGGACAGAGUGGAGGACAUGGUGGACCUGGUGGUAAAGUUCAAGGUUUUCCAACAGGUUAUUUACCUGUUCCUACUUCUGCUAAUCCUGGUGGAGGACAGACUCUUGUUUUUGGACAACUUGGAGUCCUUGGAUCACCACAACCACCUCAGGGUCUUCAACAACAGCCCACACAACAGAACAACAACAAACCUGAUCAAGUACAAAAAUAUACAACGUGUGCUACUGGUACACAGUCGGGACAACGUGGGGGACAGAUGCAAUUUUCACCGUGGCAAUUCACUCCACAGGUGGCUUGGACCGGAAUACAGCCACCUGGGACGACUUUGUUAGCUGCCCCUAAUCAGAUUUUCAUCAGAAGUCCUACCCAACCUGAUAUGUAUAUUCAGAGCCCACAACCUAUUCAAACUCAUAAUGCUCUAGCAACUCAGCAGCAAAUUCAAGGUGUCCAGCAAAUUGCUGCAGCUGGAACAAAAUCCAGGGUAAUGGAUAUUCAGCAGCAAACCCAACAAACUGGCAAGCAAAGUGGAACCAGUCAACGUCCCCUGAGUAUUCUGCCAUCUUCUCUUCAAGGUGUUCAAGGUGCCAACAUUAGACCAGCCAGUUCAGUAUCAACACAAACUGUUCACGGAGUACAAGGAACGGUACAAACACAGAGUGGCAAGGGAAGUGGAAGUGGUGGUAAAGGCCGUGGUAAGCCGGUGGUUCGCACAAGUCCCGGUACAAAUUCAGCCCUUAUAGCAACAAAAGCUGACACUGCAAAUCAAACGAAAUCAAAUGUACAUCAUACAACAAUGAUAAUGCAACAGCAGACCAAUCCAACCAACAAUAAUGGAAAUAACAAAGUAUUAAUAACAACGAAUCAACCAGUGGUAACUUCUGCGCAACCACCUGGCUCACCUAUGUCCACCUCUGACAAGCAAAACUUUGGACAACAAAACAAAACAGUAAUGCAAUCACAACAGCAGCAUCAGCCACAACAGCAGCAGGGACAGCAAAUGCAACCCCAGUAUCAGCAGAUGUUCAUGCAACAGAUGCAACAUCUUCAGCAUCAGCAGUUGCAGUAUCAACAAGCACAAGCCCAGAAUUCACAGCAACAAAUUCAGCCCAAACCAAUUAUGGGUAUGACACUUCCACCUCAGCAAUCUGGAGUUGUUCUUGGAACUGAGAGGCCAAUAAUGCCAGUUGUCUCAAUGGGCGGUGUCGGUGUGGGUGUUGCAACGACAUUGCAGAUGAAUCCAGUUCAACAGUCUCAGAUGCAGGGAGUCCAGCAAUUACCUAUUGCCACCCUAAAUCCAACGCUAAUUGGAAAUCAAGUGGUGAGUGGCGGUUCGCAAGUUCAAACUCUGCCCCUAAUACAGCCAGCAAAUGAACAACAACAACAACAACAACAACAACAACAACAAUCCCCAACACAACCACCACAAGAUAAUGCCAGUACUGCUGGCAUGGUAAUUACUUCGCCAGAGAGAAGUCAUUCGAACGACUGUCAACCGAUUGUUCAAACGUGUAAUGUUAACAAUGCAACAACAGAGGAGGAUAAAUCAGCGCAGAAGAAGGAAGUUAGUGAUACAAGAGUGGGGGAAAGAUCGGGUACACCUCUACAAACACAAGGAGGGGAUGCUAAUAAAACAGCAAUGAAGGAAGAUUCGUCCAGUUCUACAAAACACGACGAAAAAACCAACAGUCCUCUGAUAAACCUGGCAAAUGCAGUUAAUUCGAUAACAAAUGGAGUUGUAGAUGAUCCACUGCCUCCCGCGAUACCAACUCCGAUAUCAAACAACAGUAAACAAGCACCUCCAAAAGCUCUUGUCAAGCCCCAGGUUCUAACACAUGUCAUUGAAGGAUUUGUUAUCCAAGAAGCUGAUGAGCCAUUUUCGGAGAAACGUUUGAAUGGUACUGCUACACAGGGAGCCAACAAUGCACUAACUAAAAAUAGUUCUAACGAGAAAGAUUCGCCCACUGAACCGCCAAGUAAGAAAAGAAAAAAACAUGCAGGAAAUUUCUCCAAUGAUGGAGACUCCAAUGGUACCAGCGGUAAAUGCGAGGCAUGUGCAACCGUCCUAGAUGAACAUAAUACCAAAUUCAAAAAGGAUAAACGAUUUUGCUCUUCAGUUUGUGCUAAGAGUAAAAAGAAAGAAGCGAGGGAGCGUGAGGUAGAUAAACAGUGGACGGAUAUGGAGGUUGAUAAGAGAACUGAUGAUGGAUUGAAAAAAGCCGAAGACAGGUCUCCAACUGUUUCUACCCCGACGAGUGAAGACAUUCCAAGAAUUAAUCCAGUUAAAUGGACGGUCAACGAAGUCUGUGAAUUCAUUCGAAACCUUCCGGGCUGUGCAGACUACGCUGAAGACUUUGCAAUUCAAGAAAUUGAUGGUCAAGCUCUCAUGCUACUGAAAGAAGAUCACCUCAUGUCAGCAAUGAGCAUAAAACUCGGUCCAGCAUUAAAAAUCGUGGCCAAGAUAGACUCCAUGAGAAUUGACACAAACACGAGCUCAUCUCCAAUGUCAAAUAGUUCAUGAACUAUCUCAAACAGCAUCGGAUGCCUCAAAAUUUGAAUAUACAAAUAACUGAUAUUGUUUUAAUUUUGUUAAGUGAGACGACUGCAUUUUAUUCAUCAUUUUUUUUAUAAAUAAGGAAUUAAUUCAUUACAACUGUACAUAUUUAUAUUACUUACGUUCACUCAUCCGUACGAGACAGAUAAAUGAAUAGGUAGGAAUUAGUGAAGCAUUAGCGGUAUAAUUCGUAAUUUCGAGAUUAGGUGUACUAUUUUAAUUCAUCGUCAACAAAUAAUUUGUUUUUUCGAUUUUUCUAUGUUUGAGAUUGACCUUGAACGUGAUGGAACAAAUGAUGUGAAAUGUUGUGUACAUAUAUCCUGGUAGUUUUAGAUGGUAGAACGCCUUGUGCAAUUACGAGUGAAAUUUUUGAUACUACAGAGACGUUGAUACGAUACUACUUAAUCAAUAAGUAAAUUAAGAAUAAAGGGUUAAUCGUAAAAUGACCAACUGCCAA